AUGGCGACGAGCAUUACAAAGGCCGCCGUUUUCCGAGCGAUUGCACAAACACGCCGAUCAUGCAAACGCUUUCAACCGGAGAGAAAAAUUCCGCCAGAAAGCUUGAAGGACAUUUUGCACUCCACUAUUAGAGCGCCUUCGAGUUUCAACCUUCAACCAACUCAAAUUAUUGUUGUACAGAACGAGGACAGGAAAAAUAAGCUUGCAGAAACAGCUAUGAUAGGACCAGGAAAUCAGUUUCGAACUCGACAAUGCUCAGCAUUAGCUGUAUUCUUGGCUGAUUUGGAAGCAAGCAAACGCAUUUCACGAAUCCAGGAGCUUGAAAAGGACUGGGGCCAAAGAGAUCCUACAUAUUCGGCGACGAUGCCUUUGACGACUUCAUUCCUGAUUGGCGAGGGCCACGCCGCAACAUUGUUGAAAUCACUGGCAAUACGCACUAUGUCUGAGCUUCAGCCCAUGCCAACUGCUGAGCCGGUAGAAACCUGGGCGUAUAAAAAUACCUCGCUGGCGGUGCAAUCUUUCACGCUAGCGGCCGCGAGCCACGAUCUAGCGACUUCGAUCAUGGAGGGGUUUGAUGCCCGAAGAGCCAAAGAAGUUUUACAUAUUCCUGAUCGAUAUGGAAUUCCCAUGAUGGUGGCAGUAGGAUACGAAUACGAGGAUCCUACCACGUCUCAGAGCUUGACGCCUCGUUUGGAUAUGCAAGAGGUCGUUUUUGGGGAUUCUUUUGGUUCGCCUUUGGACCUCACAUCUGCCAAUCAUCCCAUUUCUAACGCAACGAGCGCUUAG